UCCGCUGGCUCGCGCCCCCUCCCCGGGCGCCCCCGCCGCCCCCUCCCUCGGCCUGACCCUCCCCGGCGUCCACCCGGCUCCCCCCGCACUCCACCCCACCCCCCGGAGUCGCUUUAUCAGGGGCGCCGCCGUCUCACCUGGUAUUUGCAUCUCGCCCUCCAACUUGCCAUUGGCGGCGCGACGUGUGGGAGAGCCCUGCGCCUCGCCCGCCCGGACCAGCCUGCCCCGGCGCCGAGGUCGCUCCUGCGCUUGGCCCAGCCCAGCAUGCAGCCUUGAACCUGGCUUAGGCCACCACCUACUCCAGCUCUCUACAACCCCUAUUUUACCGUGGCUCGUGGUGUAGGCUCUAGGCUCCAAGGUACAGCAUCUCUUCAUUUAGGAAACCCCACGCCUCCAGAGGGCCCUGCGGAUCCCGCAGUCGGCCCUCUGAGAAGACAGCAUGGCUAUUACUCUGCAGCCCAGUGACCUGAUCUUUGAGUUUGCAAGCAACGGAAUGGAUGACAUCCACCAGCUGGAAGACCCCUCAGUGUUCCCAGCUGUGAUCGUGGAGCAGGUCCCCUACCCCGAAUUACUGCAUCUGUACUCAGGCCUGGAGCUGGACGACGUUCACAAUGGCAUCAUAACAGACGGGACCUUGUGCAUGACUCAGGAUCAGAUCCUGGAGGGCAGUUUUUUGCUGGCAGAUGACAAUGAAGCAACCUCGCAAACCAUGUCAACCACUGAAGUCUUGCUCAACGUCGAGUCUCCCAAUGACAUCCUGGAUGAAAAGCAGAUCUUCAGCACCUCCGAAAUGCUUCCAGACCCGGACCCUGCUCCAGCCGUCACUCUGCCCAACUACCUGUUUCCUGUCUCUGAGCCCGACGCCCUGAACAGGGCUGGUGACACUGGUGACCAGGAGGAACACUGUCUGGAGGAGAAGGUCCCCAGAGAAGAAAGUGCCAAGAAGACUGGAAAAUCGAAGAAGAGAAUCCGGAAGACCAAGGGCAACCGCAGUACCUCACCCGUCACUGACCCCAGCAUCCCCAUUCGGAAGAAAUCGAAGGAUGGCAAAGGCAGCACCAUCUACCUGUGGGAGUUCCUCCUCGCACUUCUGCAAGACCGGAACACCUGCCCCAAGUACAUCAAGUGGACCCAGCGAGAGAAAGGCAUCUUCAAGCUGGUGGAUUCCAAAGCGGUGUCCAAGCUGUGGGGGAAGCAGAAGAACAAGCCUGACAUGAACUACGAGACGAUGGGGCGGGCACUGAGAUAUUACUACCAAAGAGGCAUCCUUGCCAAAGUGGAAGGGCAGAGGCUGGUGUACCAGUUUAAGGAGAUGCCCAAGGACCUGGUGGUGAUUGAAGACGAGGAUGAGAGAAGUGAAGUCACAGCCACAUCCCCUCAGGCCUCCGCUCCCUCCACCUCCUCCAGCAGCACCACCCGGCGAGCCAGCUCCAGGGUAUCAUCCAGAGCUGCCCCGCAUGGCAGGGGCGCCACUUCCUGGGAAAAGCCAAAGGUUCAGCACGUUGGUCUACAGCCAUCUGCGAGUCUGGAAUCGGGACUGUCUCUAGACGAGGAGAUCCCCACUACCUCCACGGUGCUUGUCUCUCCACCAGAGAGCCAGGCCAAACGCACCAAAGCUGUGAGUACGUCUUCAGUGCCCAGCAACAUCCACCUAGGAGUGGCCCCUGUCGGGUCAGGCUCGGCCUUGACCCUGCAGACCAUCCCGCUGACCACCGUGCUGACCAACGGGCCUCCUGCCAGUACUACUGCUUCAACCCAGCUCGUUCUCCAGAGUGUUCCGCCUGCUUCGACCUUCAAGGACACCUUCACUUUGCAGGCCUCCUUCCCCCUGAACACCAGUUUCCAAGAGAACCAGGUGGCAGCACCAGGGGCUCCGCUGAUUCUCAGUAGCCUCCCCCAAAUUCUGGCUGGGGGCAACUGUGCGACCAAUCCAGCACCACCCUCGGUCACAGGGGCUGGCCCAGCCGGGCCCAGCUCUCAGCCCCCCGGGACUGUGAUUGCGGCCUUCAUCAGGACUUCCGGUGCCACAGCAGCCCCUGGGGUCAAGGAGGGGCCGCUGAGGCCCUCCUCCUAUGUACAGGGCAUGAUGACUGGGGCCCCCAUGGAGGGGCUGCUGGUUCCUGAAGAGACCCUGAGGGAGCUCCUGAGGGAUCAGGCUCACCUUCAGCCACUUCCAACCCAGGUAGUUUCAAGGGGUUCCCACAAUCCGAGCCUUCUGGGAAACCAGACUUUCUCUCCUCCCAGCCGCCCCACUGUUGGGCUGACCCCGGUGGCUGAACUUGAGCUCUCCUCGGGCUCAGGGUCCCUGUUUACGGCUGAGCCUAGUGUGACCACAUCUGGGAGCCUGCUGACCAGAUCCCCAACCCCAGCCCCCUUCUCCCCAUUCAACCCCACUUCCCUCAUUAAGAUGGAGCCCCAUGACAUAUAAACGGAGGGCCUGGGGGGAAGUGUGACCCACCAGGCAAAGUUGAGCAGCAUUUGUAUACGGACUUCCUCUAAGAGAGACUGACUGAAGUAGUGCACCUGCCCUUAUAUUUCAGUGGGGUGUCAGUACACCACACCCCCGUGCCCCACCCCUGCCUGGCGUCACCAUGGCCAAGACAGGCCCAGUCGGAGCAUCCCUGGCGUCAGACCACGGCUUUCAAGAGCACUAGGGGAUAUGUUCUUGUCGGGGUAAUAGGCUGACUUGGUGAUGGAGGGCAGACCUCCUGAGACGUUUGUAGCCAGGGCUGGGGUAGGGGCAUCGUGAGAAGAGUCUUUUCACCUGGCUGUAUUUCACCAUCUUCUUUC